UCGCAGUCCGCAGCCAAAAUCCAGAUUCCCGACUGUGAGCCUCACGCCGUCGUCUGGUCCCGCUGCUGUCGCCUCGCUGUGUCUCUGCGUUCUCACAUUUACCGGACAAACCAUGGGAGUCGAAGGCUGCACCAAAUGCAUCAAGUACACGCUGUUCUUCUUCAACUUCAUCUUCUGGCUUGCGGGAGGUGUCAUCCUGGGAGUGGCCCUGUGGCUCAGACAUGACCCCCAGACCAGUGACCUGAUGGAACUCAAAUUUGAGGAUACCUACGCCCCCAGCACCUUCUACAUCAGUGUGCACAUCCUGAUCGCCGUGGGAGCUGUCAUGAUGGUGGUCGGGUUCCUGGGCUGCUACGGUGCCAUCCAGGAGUCCCAGUGCCUGCUGGGAACUUUCUUCACCUGCCUGGUUAUCCUGUUCGCCUGUGAGGUUGCUGCUGGAAUCUGGGGCUUCAUGAACAAAGAUACGGUGUCAAAGGAGAUGAUCAACUUCUAUGACACUGUGUACGACAGAGCCAUGGCACAAAGCCUCACUGAACAAGAGAAGAAGGCGGCAGCUGUCCCUGUGCUCAAAGCUUUCCACGAGACGCUGAACUGCUGCGGUAAAGGUCAGGGCAGCACGCUUUUCACCAAAGUGAUGGACACAUUCGGCGUGACCAACUUCUGUCCCGAGUCUGGAAGCAACAUCAGCUGCCACACCAGGAUCAACGAUUUGUUCACGGAUAAAAUUUACCUGAUUGGUAUCGCCGCCCUGGUGGUUGCAGUUAUUAUGAUCUUCGAGAUGAUCUUCAGCAUGGUGUUGUGCUGCGGCAUCCGCAACAGCCCGUGUACUGAGGCGCCGACAGGCCAGCGUGAGCUCGCCAAUGAAGCUGGCGGACGAGCUCGCAGCGUCUCCUGUGUGUCUCUCUCUCUCUCGCUCUCUGUUCUCUUUAGCUUGCUGGGAUUUAGUUUGUCAUCCUGGAAGCAUUUGGUGUCGGUGAGGUCGGAGCUGUCCGAACCCGACGUGUAGAUAUCCCAUCAUGCACUGCUGCAGUCCUGAUUGUUUUUUCUUCUUCUUCUCUUGGCCGCUGAACUUCCCCUUGUUUUCUUCUUCUGGGUGUUUUUCACUGAUUCUGUAUAACUGUAUAUAAGUAUAUAUAAUAACAGUGCUUGAUGACUGCCUGAGCAUGAAUGUCGUCCUGCUCGCCUCACGCCGCACUGAUCCACAUCACGGUGUGUAACCAGCACCAAGCGACACGCUGGAACCAAAGUCCGACUGACCAGGAACCCGUCCUUUUUGGCUCCAUCUUCACCCGUUGUCUCGAGCGCUCGUUACAUAAACCGCGUUAGGAACGUAGUUACCUGUAGUCGUCCUCUAUAGAUACUAAUAUACCUUUAUAUUCUACACAGAUAUGCUGUUUUUUUUGUCACAAGUGCAGUUACAAGUUUAACUCUAAAUUUUUUUGACUGAAGAAUCAUUUACUUUAAAUAUCAUUAUGUCAGGGAAGAUGAACAUGUUAAAGAAAAUAUGAGGUGUUUUUUUUUUUUAAUUUGCAGCUGACCACUUAUUUGAAGGAUUUAUGUAAAAUGUUAUUAAAAAAAGAAUCUUGUAUUCAGUCGUGGAGGAAGCCGGCUGAAAUCUGUUUGUUAGCAUGCAGCCCUCUUUUAGCAUCUGUAUGCUUGUGUUGUGUUCUUAGCAUCCAAGUUGCUGAUGUGUUAGCUAGCUGUCUGGCUGCGUGCUGUUGGAGCAAUGUCCACGUUCUGGUACCGUUUGACCUGGCUUUGGCACCGGACCCGCAGAUGUUCACGUGACGUUUUCCAUUUCAGGGCUGAAACCACUUUGCGGUUUGCGUUGAGUUUUUCUGCCCCCUGCUGGUCAGUGCUGUGAAACAUUUUGCAUGUGUGCAAAGCACGGCUUGACAAAAUACCACAAACAGCUGUACCGCCCGAACAAAUCCAUGUGAUGGCAACCGUGUCACUCGACGACAUAUUAGACUAAAUAUGACUAAGACAGCAUUUAGUCGUCAUCAUAUUCUGAGGAAUUAAAUCAGUGUGCACUUUUAUCAGUGAAGACAAAACAACACAGAAUCAUGUUUUUGUAAUAAGAAUGAUAAUAAUCAAUCCUUUAUGACAAAAUAACAGUUUGUCUCCUAACAGGAGUAUUAUUAUUAUAAUUGUGUCGUAACCUCACUCCUAAAAUACGGUUCGAAAGAAUAAUAGCAGCAGUGGACUGGUCUCACUAAUCAAUGAUUCGUGUAAUCACGCUGAAAUGUUAAGACAUCCACCGUGUGAUCGCAGAGUUCAAUCAGCUCGCCAACACAGCGAUGUCAUCCUUCUAUUGUGUGCAUUUUCGGAAGCGUAUUCAUGCCAAAGUAGAAACAAAAUCACAACACCGUGUCACAAUUCAGAGAUUCAAAACUAAACAUGACUGUCAUUUAAAUUUAUGAGAUUAAGCAUCAUUACACUUUACAUCUCAGUAUGUCUACUUUUAAAUUCAUAAUUAUGAGCUACUCACUUUUGUUGAACUUUGAUUUAACCAAAUUUAAAUUGUACUUUUUUUAGUUUCGCAUUAUUUUCACAGAAACUUGCCAUUUUCAUUUCAAAACUGGCUUUUAUCUUGCGUUUGACUUAAAAAUCCAAUGUCACUUAGAAAGGUUUUUUUUUGGUGGUGGUCCAUGAGUGACCCCUAGUGGUCUGUGAGUAUAUUGGUAACAUAUCACCUUUUGAAUUAAGAUCAUAUCCUAGUUUAAAAGUGUUAAUAAUCAGCGCCAUCAAUUGACAAGUCAGCGUCAGUUAAUUAUAUUAAAUUAAACAUCUGACAGAACAGGGAAAAUGCAUCUCCCUGAUGCAGGUGGUUCAGCAGCCGCAAGCUACUUAUGAAGCUGUUGUUUUUAGAUAUUUGAAGAGUUGGUGGUCUGCAACACUCUUCAUUGGUUAAGUGGUUCUUGGUCCAAAAAAGUUUGUGAAACUCUUGAUUUAAACAACAAAACAAUCUCUGCUGGCUGCAGUAACGGUGCUAUUACCAGGAGGGGGCAGAAGAGUCCUGUUAAAUAAGCUGUUUAAUUGAACAGCCUGCUGACCUCCAGCCAAUCAGAAAGCCCCAGCAGGCAGUUCUGCAUGCUGAUUGGAUGUAGAGGUGUUUUUUUUUUCUUGUAAUUGAUGCUCGUUAAUAACACCUAAUAGUCGCCCAUGUGUAACCUCACAUUUUGUCUAAAGCCGUCAUGUCUUGUUGUCAAUCAUCGCGUCAUAUUUACAUCAUAUUAAUGAAAAUCUUGAAAGCUGCAGAAAAAUGAUGUUUGCCUUUUUGCUUCGUCUUGUCGUUUCUUUGGUACGUUGUCAGAGAUGUGUGGACAGAAAGGGGGAAAGAUUUGGUGGUUUUAGACAUCAGCCAGUCACAGUAAAGUUGUCUGUGAUUGACAGUUUGGACCACUCUGAUCUCGCCCCUGUCUACUCUUGUGGACGAUGGUUUGCCCAAACAUAAAGGGAUUAAAUGUAUUUUACAAAUAACACUGCCA